CUUCGGGGUCUGAUCAAUGCGAACAGAGGAUACAACCUACCAUCAUGUUUACCGUGAAUUAAUUGUUUUAAAAGAAAGUUUUGUCUUACCAAUAUGUGAGUGUAGCCAACUUCACUAAACCUCACAUGUAGCCUUAUUCAGGAGAAAGUGGAGUACGACGGAACUUUUUGGCGCUCUGCAAUAUUGGAAUCGCACAUCAUAACACUACUUCUUCGUGAGGAGAGGCGAUCAGACUGACGACGCUUUACAUCUACCCACAGAGUGUUAAUUCUCGAAGACAAGAUGUUCACCACACACACUGUCGUUUUCCUUACCUAUGCGUUUACGCAGCUGCUGGUGUGCCAUCUGACACAGAUCCCCGCGCAGAAACCAACCGGUCCCCGGUGGCUGAUUGGGGACAGGGAGAGCCACUGCGGCAUCAUCUGCUCUCGGACUCACGGGAAGCCGGUGUGCGGCUCGGACGGACGGAGCUACGAGACGGGCUGCGAUCUGCAGAGGGCCCGUUGCAAGGACCGCACGCUCGCACUCGCACACCGCGGACGCUGCAAAGGCACAAAGAAAACAAUAAUUCCACCCCCUCUCCUCCCCGCACCCACACUGGCGGCUGAAGGGAAAGAGCAGGAACUAAAAGACUCCAGCCAGUCCAAGUGUGGUGUGGAGCGGGUCCAGGCCCUGGAGCAGGCUAAGCAGCGGCCACAGGAGUCCAUCUUCAUCCCAGAGUGCAGCGAGGACGGCACCUUCGCACAGGUGCAGUGUCACACGCUAACAGGAUACUGCUGGUGUGUCACUGUCUCUGAUGGCAAGCCGGUCAGCGGAUCGUCCGUCCACAACCGCACACCUGUGUGCUCAGGAAACUUCCGUGAAUUUAUGGGAACUCAUGCUGUGACAAGUGGACGCCCAGGGUCGGUCACCGAUAAACCUCCAGGACCACCAAACUCUGGUAGAAGAGAUGACGGCUCCAAACCGACGCCCACCAUGGAGACCCACGUGGUGCCGGAGGGGGACGAGAUCACAGCGCCCACCCUGUGGAUCAAGCAGCUGGUCUACAAUGGGAGCAAGAACAACUCCAACAGCAAGAGACCAGAGAAGGUGCCCUCUUGUGACCAGGAGAGGCAGAGUGCGCUGGACGAGGCCGGCCAGAACUCGCGUGACGCCAUCUUCAUCCCCGACUGCGGCCCGCUGGGGCUCUACAGACCCGUCCAGUGCCACCAGUCCACUGGCUACUGCUGGUGCGUACUGGUGGACACCGGACGACCCAUACCUGGCACCUCCGUAAGGUACCAGACUCCAGAGUGUGAUAACGAUGCUCGCUCACGCGUGCUGGAGAUCGAAGACCCCUUCAGGGAACGAGACCUGACAGGGUGUCCUGAUGGGAAGAAGGUGGAGUUCAUCACCAGCCUAUUAGACGCACUGACCACAGACAUGGUGCAGGCCAUCAACUCACCAGCCCCCUCCGGUGGUGGGAGGUUUGUGGAGCCGGACCCCAGCCACACGCUGGAGGAGAGGGUGGUGCACUGGUACUUCGCCCAGCUGGACAACAACGGCAGCCAAGACAUCAACAAGAAAGAGAUGAAACCCUUCAAGCGCUACGUGAAGAAGAAAGCUAAGCCCAAAAGGUGCGCACGCAAGUUCACCGACUACUGCGACCUCAACAAGGACAAGGCCAUCUCUCUGGCAGAGCUGAAGGGCUGCCUCGGAGUCAACAAGGACACAGGUACGGGAGCCUAUAGGUCAGUUCAGCUGUCAAUCAAGCCCAGGGAGCGUUGUGAUUGGGUGGUGGGCCUAAAUGAGUGA